AUGGCCUCCUCGGACUCGCAGUCUCCUCCACGGCGCGAGAGGGAUUCACGCUAUGACUCUCACCGGGACGACACAAGACACAGACGUCGGCGGCGGAGGUCAAGAAGUCGAGACGGAGACCGGCGGGCGAGAGAGGAGAGUACAGAGGGGAGAGUUCGAAGGGAUCGGGACAGGGGAAGAUACAAAAGCCCUGAUGACAGACACGCAAGACACAGGGACUACAAGGAACCAGGGUCUGCACAAGACAGGCACAGGUCAGAUCGAGACAGAAAACGAUCCCGUUCGCCGCGGCGCAGACGAUCGCCCGAGACACCGGGACCGUUGCAGCGCAGAGGGCCUCUCCCGUCACAAGUCGAGGCGUUCAAGGGAGACAAAGGUUCACCUUCGCCUGGGCCGGAGAAGCAGAAGCCCAACUUCCGUCCGUCCGGUUUGCUCGCCGCGGCCUCAAACACCGUCACCACGUCCUCUGGGAAUAUUAUCCUGAAAUACCACGAGCCACCCGAGGCGCGAAAGCCCCCUUCGUCGCAGCGUUGGAGGCUGUACGUUUUCAAGGGGGAAGAGAUUGUCGAUACUCUCGACUUGUACACGCAGUCGUGUUGGCUCUUCGGCAGAGAAGUUUCGGUGUGCGACUACGCUCUGGAACACCCGAGCUGCUCGAAGCAACAUGCCGUUAUCCAGUUCCGAUACAUCGAAAAGAGAAACGAAUUCGGCGACAAGAUCGGCAAGGUCAGGCCAUACAUCAUCGACUUGGAGAGCGGCAACGGCACCACGCUGAACGAAGAUCCGGUGCCGGAGGGACGCUACAUGGAGCUUAGGGACAAGGACGUCAUCAAGUUUGGUCACUCCACGAGGGAAUACAUGGUACAACUGCCUCCAGGAUGA